AUGGGAGGGUCACAAAGUACGCGAAAAGUAACUGUUGACAAUGAGAAUGCUAUACAAGUAUCUCAAGAGGCAUUAGAUCGGAUACAAUCGCAACUUAAUGCAAAACAAGCAGAAAAUCCAUCACCACAGCCAGUACCACAAUACGUACCACCGCCAUCGUAUGACUACAAACGGCAACAAGACUACGUUGCUGAAGAAGCAUACUGGGCUCAACGCAUUGAAUCCCUAAAAAGGGCUCAUAACAAAAUUAGCAGCGGUAUGCAAAUGGAAUAUCAGAAAACGUUGAAAGAAGCGAAUGAUCUCUUUGGGUCAAUGCAGGGUGAUAAACAAAUAAAUAAACUUACUCCAUGUCAAGAAGAGAAAGCUAAGGUUCUUCAGUGCUAUAGUACAAAUCCAGAGAAAACGCUUUUAUGUUCAGUGCUAGUGAAUGAAUUCAAUGACUGUGUAUGCAAGAGCAGGGUAGCAGCGGUCACAGCUUCUUCUUGA